UGUGUCUGUGUGUCUGUGUGUGUCUGUGUGUGUGAGGGUGAAACUAGUCGCUGUUGUUUCUCAUCGGCCAUCACAGCAGCGAGAAGCCGACUAGGUCCACAUUAAGAUCCCUCAGACAGGGAUGCGUUUUACCCGCUGAUGAUCCGUCGACCAUUUUCAGUGCAUCCCCGACAGCAGCUCCUGAACGCAGCACCGAGGCACGCGACAUCUUGGCCUUUUUGGGCUAAAAAACAAACAAACAAACAACAAAACUAGCGCGGAAAAAAAUCAUCCGUCUUCCCCACAGGAUCGGAUCAUCUUGGCGUCUUUCCAGGCAACAACAUCGGUAGGCUACAAUGGCAGAGCAUCUGUCCCAGAGUGAGCUGGACUACCCGUUCAAACUUCUGGAGUAUUUCAACGGCUUCAGGGUCUCAAAGGUGAUAUUUUCAGCCUGUGAGCUGGGAGUGUUUGACCUCCUGCUGAGGUCCCAGGAGCCUCUGAGUGCCCAGCAUAUAGCCCGGGAGCUUAGCACCAGCGUGGACGGGAUGGAGCGGCUGCUGGACGCACUGGUGGGCAUCGAGAUCCUGGAGGUGGAGACCACCGACGGGACAGCUUUGUACAGCAGCACCGACGUGGCUAAUCUUUACCUGGCCAAAGGCAGCGGCAAGUCUCUUCACGACAUGAUUAUCUACCAAUCCCAGACCAUCUACCCACUGUGGAACAACAUGGUGGAUGCCGUCAGGGAGGGGAAGAAUCAGAAUGAAAAGACCUUCGGCCUUCCACCAGAAGAUAUUUUCCAAGCUAUUUACAGAUCAGAGGAGGAGAAGCUGAAAUUCAUGGGUCUGAUGAACUCCUCGUGGGUUCUAGACGGACACGACAUUGUGACAGCGUUCAACCUCUCCUGCUUUCAGGAGAUAGUAGACCUUGGAGGAUGCACCGGUGCUCUGGCCCGUGAGAUGGCCAAGGCUUACCCGUCCUCCUCCGUCACGGUGUUCGACCUCCCGCAGAUCGUAGAGACGGCUCAGAAACAUUUCUCUCAGGAGAACAACACUGUGGUGUUUCAGAGUGGAGAUUUCUUCAGCGGUGAAAUCCCUCCUGCUGACCUGUACGUUCUGGCCAGAAUCAUUCACGACUGGCCUGAAGAGAAGUGCCUCACACUGCUGAGGAAGAUCUAUGACACCUGCAAACCAGGCGGUGGCGUCCUGCUGGUGGAAGCCAUGCUGUUUGAGAACAGACGAGGGCCCGUCAUGGCUCAGAUCUUCUCCCUCAACAUGCUGGUGCAGGCCGAGGGCCGGGAGCGCCCGCCAUCCGAGUACAUCCGCAUCCUCAACAAGACCGGCUUCCACAACGUUCAGGUGUGCCGGACCGGCAAGUCCUACGACGCCAUCCUGGCCAUCAGAUGAGCUCAGGGCAGUCCAGAGGCGUCCCUCAAAGUCUGGGGAAAGUAAAAAAAAGGUGAUCUGGAACUUUCAAGGCCUUGAAAAGGUUUGGAGGUGGACAUAAAACAUAUUAAGCUCUGAAAAAACAAACAACUGUUGCCAGUCUCAGUGCACAUGGAUCCCCAGUAGGGCUGCACAAUUAAUCGCAAUUUUAUCGAAAUCGGAAAAUGGACUACUACAAUAUCCAUGUGUCAAACCAUUCUGAAUUAAUUUUUGUGGUGCUGCAGAGACGUUCCCGGCCCAGAAAUCGUAUUCUACAGACUAAAGAAAACAUCUUGGUUUGGGACAGAUGCUCGCGAAAAUCCCACUAUAACGAUUUUAAUAUUUAGAAUUUUAAUAUUUUUCAAUGAAAAUGAGAAUAAUGAUACAAAAAUGAUAAUGUCCUCCAAUAUCGUGAAUCAUAUCACAAUUCGCAAUUAGAUAUUUUCCUCAUAUGGUGCAGCCCUACUCCCCAGUUAAUGUUGUGUGAUGUUUUCAGACGUUGUGAUUACAGUUCAACUUGUUUUUUUUUUUUUUCAAAGAUCGUAGCAAUACAAACAUUCUCCCAAUUGAAGUUGCUGCUAGAAAAUCUUUGUGAUGAAUACUUGCCUCUAUAGGUAACAUAUUCCUGUAUCUUUGUAAAAAAAGAAAAAAAAAGAGAGAAUCAAUUUAGGUUAAAGGUAUACUCUUUAUGAGAUACUACUCUCAUGUCUGUACGAGAGAUACUACUCUCAUGUCUGUACGCUAAAUAUGAAGCUACAGCCAGCAGUCAGUCAGUUAGCUUUGCUUAGCAUAAAGACUGGAAACAGGUGGAAACCGCUAGCCUGGCUCUGUCCAAAAUCAGCCAACCAGCACAUCUAAAGAUCACUGAAUAACAUGUCAUAUUAUUACAAAGGAACCAAUACAGUAUCUGUUAUUGGAUCAUUAUUAUAUAAUGGCACUGAUGUGGCCGAUGCUGAUUUUUUUUUUUAAAAGAAUUGUGGAACGUUUACAGGCUGUGCUUUUUAGGCUGGCCCCAUUUGAACAGUGUUUUAAAGCCAAACAUGUUGUUUUUACUUUGUUUCUUUUUUAUCGACAUGCUCAAAAAUACCAAAAUCUGCUCAGUAUUUGCAGUCAUAUCUUUUUGAAUAUCAGCUGUUCACAACCUAUCACACAUACCAGAUUUAAACGGAAAAUAGUGACGGGUAUGAUAUCAGAUGAUAGUUUUAUCAUUGGUGACAGUAUUUCUUUAAAAUCAUGGAACACAAACAUUAUAAACCAAUUAUUGACAGAUUUGGGAUAGCUUUUUUUUUAAUGAAUAUUCAGCCAAAAUAUUGGGGGGCUACAAAUCAUAUUCUACAGACUAAAGAAAAGCUCUUUGUUUGGGACAGAUGCUCGCAAAAAUCCCACUAUAAUCAGGUAAUAUCAUCAGUAGGAGAGCACCGUGAAGAUAAAAAUUGUGAUUAGUUCCAAACAGAUGUUUUGGGCAACAGCGUUGUUGUCUGUUUGCACACUUUUGAAGGAAGUCUUCGCAAAAUGUCUGUGUAUAUUAUUUUUUUCAAACUUAUUUUUGAAGUCAAAAACACCAAAAGUAACAACAUUAACCCUGUUGCCAUGAACCAUGUACAUAUCUUUACAUACUUUGUGUAUAUUGUCCAUGAACGGUAAAAACAUCCAUUAAAAAAGAAAAAAGAGGGGAGGCAAACCAACUGCCAUGUUCAUUAUUCCAAAGAAUAUGUUAUCCUUUUUGUCCAUCUUGCAAAGCAUAAAUAAUUUCUUAGUCUUAGAAGAAAUGUCAGUCUUUUCAUCUCCUGGAUCGUUUUGGUGAUUUCAACUCUAGUGUCUGCUGUAGUGUAGUUAGAUAUAACUUCUAAUGCAGUAAAAAAAAAUAUGACGCUUUAGAAAAUACAGACUUUUGUGUAUGUUGUGAUAUUGUGUUACUGUGGGACUGUGUGUUCCUGGCUUUCCUGUUUACUGUGAUGAGUUCAGGUUCCCUCUAAGACUGCAUGUAAACCAGACUCUGCAGAACAAACCUCAGUUUACCUCCAUUAUUCCUCCA